UAUCAAUUCUCCUCAUCGUCACAAUGGCACAAUGCAAAGCCCUAACCACCCCCAACACCAUGUGGGACUUUUGUCCCUCCCUCGCCGCCGCCUACCUCUUCACCAUCCUCUUCGCCCUCACCACUCUCCUCCACACGCUGCAAGCCAUCCUCCACCGCAAACCCUACUGCUGGGUGAUUGUCAUGUCCGGCCUCAUCCAAACCGUCACCUACAUCUUCCGCGUCCUCAGCAUCCUCAACCCCGCCAGCUACACCGACUACGCCGCCUGGUUCGUGCUCAUCCUGAUCGCGCCCCUCUGGACCAACGCCUUCGUGUACAUGGUCAUGGGUCGCAUGGUGUGGAAUUUCACCGAUGAUGCGCGGGUGCUCCGCAUGCGGCCGUGGCAUUUCGGGUUGGCGUUUGUGGUGUUGGAUGUGAUAGCUUUUAUUAUUCAAGUCUACGGCGCCGCCCAAGCCGCCGGAAACAACAUCGCGUAUAGUGUCGAAAUGACGGGUCUGCAUAUCUACAUGGGUGGGGUGGGCGUGCAACAGCUCUUCGUGUUGGUGUUUAUUUUCUGUGCCAUUGUGCUCCACCAGAAGAUCCGGCAGCAGCGGAGACCCGAUCAACGCGAUGCGUUGGUACUCCUGUAUGUGCUGUAUGGGUGUUUGGCGUUGAUCACUAUGCGAAUCAUCUUCCGACUGUGUGAGUAUGCACAGGGCUUGGAUAGCUCGAUACCCCAGCAUGAAGCGUAUCAGUAUUGUUUGGAUUCGGUGCCGAUGUUGUUGGCGUUGGUGGGGUUGAAUGUUGUGCAUCCGGGACGGUUGAUGCCGGGGAAGGAGAGUGAUUUGCCGGGGCGGAAGGAGAGAAAGCGGAUGGGGGGAGAUACCAAGGCGAGUGUGUUGGGGAGGGGGAAUGAUCUGGUAUGUUUACUUUAUUCCUUGUGUUGUUGCACUCGAGUGGAGAGUGGUGGGCUUGCCGAUGGCUAA